GAUUUCUCGAAGCAAAAUCCUUCAAAUAAAUAUGUGCUCACGGAGUUAAAAUCCUCAGUAGUAACUUUGUAGCUUUAGUGUUCGAACAUCUUUCAAUUUUUCACUACUUUUUUGUAUAUCUAGUUUUUUAAAUUUAACACAUCAAUAAAUAAGGAAUUCUAAUUGAUUGUCAAAAAUGUAUAGAAAUCUUUCAUUCGUGUUGCCGGUUAUUGGUAAUAGACUCAGAACCGCUUUCAACAUUUCUGGUCUGGUCCAGAAAGUCACCAAGAGUCCUUUAGUUGAUCUGCCAAUAUUCAGCACUCCCGUUGGGCGUAAAACCGCCUUGGAUCCUCCCAGCCAAGUUUCAAUGCCUAAAAAUCCGACAAAAAUAAAGACUUCCUCCAAACCUAUGGUAAUCGGAAAAAGUCCCGGAGUAAUGACGAUUUUCGAAGCGAUGGGCAAUCAUUUAACUGGCUGCAACUAUGCUAAACAAUAUGGUUAAGCUGGGUUUCAGAUCUAUUGGGAAUUCCUGACCCCAAUUAAAUCGAACACUUGACCUGUGAAUGCAAGCUACUAUUUACAUCAGUCCGGCAACAAUCAUUAGUAACCAUAUAUAUAUGUCAAAAAUCUAUUAAUUCUAUAAAUUUUGUGCUAAAUUUCUUUUAGUAAAGACGAAAUUUGUAUCAAGGCUA